AGCAGCUGGCAUAUCUUUUCCCGCCAGUAAAAUUGAAGCUACCCGAUCGACCUCACAUUUCCUCAUACAGAAUACAACAACGGGAGCCAUCCCAACCCUUUCUGUCUCUCUCUCUCUUUUUCUUUUUUAACCUCCUCUCGUCACCCUCAGCCAUCGCACAUCGACACGAUGGCGUCAAGAUUCGGCCACUCGACGCUGCAUCAGCGGGAUUCGCGGAGCGCCUUAUUCGAGGGCUACAACGGUGGCAGGAGUAGCGCGGACCCUGCGAAACGGCAGAGCCCGGCGCCCGGCAACGGCUACGGCUACGGAUACCCGGGCGGAAAUGGCGCCGCGACGACGGCUGGCCACGGCACACACCUGAACGUCGAUAGCAGAGGAAGCUACAGGCCAGCGACGCCCAACUCGAAGGGCCAAUACAGCGACGCAGUGCUCAACGAACUCGAAAGCCAGAACGACCAGCAGGUCGAGGGCAUCCUGGGCAAGGUCAAGGUCUUAAAAGAUAUGACGGUAGCCAUCGGCGACGAGAUCCGCGAGUCCUCGGCGCUCGCGGAGAAGAUGAACGACACCUUCGACUCGACGCGGCUGCGGCUGCGCGGCACCAUGAACCGCAUGCUCCUCAUGGCCGAGCGCACCGGCGUCGGCUGGAAGGUCUGGCUCGGCUUCUUCGCCGCCGUCAUCUUCCUCUUCCUAUACGUCUGGCUCUUCUGAGCUGGAACCUACACCCACCCUCCCAUUCCGCUCCGUCUACCCAUACAUACACACGCCCGUACGACCGUACGCACAUUCGUCGAUCGGUUCGAUCCCGUCUAGCGCGCGAUCGCGCAUACACGUCUUGAAGAGGAGUAGGCAGCUAGAAGCGAAAGAAGAAGAGAGAGGCGGGUACAGAGG